UUGUGAAACUAUAAUACCACACUCAAUAUACACAUCCACUUCAUUCUUCUAACCAAUACCAUUUAGUUUUUCAGGUAUAUGUCACAAUCACGUGUGCACAUAAUAUGGUGACGUUUACAACGUUUCUGGCCAGCUUCUUCAGUAUGUUCUUCUUUCAUACUCUGAGCGCAGAAAUAAAAGAAUACCAAAUUUGUAUAAAUCGGAGUGUUCCAUAUUUGACAGAUGAACAAAGGUUGUAUUCUAUUUUGAUGACGGACUACGACAAAAACACACGACCAGUCUACAAUGCGUCACAUCCGGUUAAUGUGCAUGUUGGGAUUACGUUGACUCAAGUUUUUGAUGUGGAUGAAAAGAAUCAAGUUUUAACAACAAACAUCUGGCUCGACCAGGACUGGACAGAUGAAAAAUUCCAGUGGGACCCUGCGGACUAUAACAAUCUGACGAUGCUGCGCAUCCCCUGUCACCACAUAUGGAAACCCGAUAUCGUGCUCUACAACAGCGCUGAGGACUACACAAACGGCUACAUGCAGGCGCUGGCCAUGGUGAAACACGACGGCACCGUCUUCUGGCCGCCCAUCGUCAAGUUCUACAGCACGUGUCAGAUCGACAUCACGUUCUUCCCCUUCGACGACCAGGUCUGCAGGCUGAAGAUGGGAUCCUGGGCCUACGACGGCUUCCAGGUGAACGUCUUCAACAGAUCUAACGGCAUCGACCUCUCCAACUACGUCGAGAACGGAGAGUGGGAUCUCAUCAGGGCAAAGGCCGUCAGAAAUGUCGUGUAUUACGCCUGCUGUCCGGAACCGUUUCCGGAUGUGACGUUCACGUUGCACCUGCGCAGAAGGACGCUGUACUACACGUACAACGUGAUAAUACCGUGCAUCAUGCUGUCGUCCUUGACCCUGCUCGUGUUCUGGCUGUCGCCGGAUAGUGGCGAGAAGGUCACACUAGGUCUCACUGUUUUGCUGGCCUUUUCGGUCUUCAUGUUGCUUAUAGCAGAAAAUAUGCCGCAGACGUCGACAUUCAUUCCGCUCAUAGGAAUUUACCUCACCUGUGUGAUGACAUUAACAUCGCUGUCUGUAACACUAGCCGUCGUGGUGUCCAACAUCAGCAUUCACGGCAGGAAGAGGACAGCCCUUCCCAAUUGGUUGCAAAGGAUUGUGCUCGCUCUGGCCAAAAUCAUGUGUCGCAAAUUAUAUUUUGUGAAAUCCCCCAACACAAACGACCCUGGUGAGGUCAUAAAGUUCUCCUGCAGACGUGGGAAAGCAUUCUACAGAGGAGCUGAGAACCAUCUGUCCAGCGACUCCGGUUGCGGCUUGAUUGACUUCGAAAAUGGCGAUCCGACGCCACUACGCAGGUGUGACCGGUUACCGAGGAGGCCUCAAACUCGUGUGCACACAGACUACGAGGAGAUUCUAGCUCGACUUCAGGAGCUGAUUUUGAAGGAGGACGAGAAGGAAGACUGUCUGGAUAUCUGCCGCGAGUGGCAGGAGGCCUCGGAGGUCAUCGACAGAUUCAUGUUCUGGGUGUUCCUCUUCGGGACGGCCGCUUCCACAAUCGUGCUACUUAUUAUCUUGCCGCUCACAAAGAAAACCAACUUUGAAUGAAAUUCCUCACAAACAAAAAACAACUUUGAAUGAAAGUCUUCACAAAGAAAACCAACUUUGAAUAAAAAAAUUCCUUACAAAGAAAAAUCAACUUUCAAUGAAAUACUUCACUAAAAAAAGCCAAGUAUGAAUGAAAUUCAUCUUUUGUCUCUGUUUUGCGAAAAUUGUAAUGAUGAAUUCGAAGGAUGUACCCACGACAGGCGUGCUUGAACGUGUUUUGGUAAUGGUGGAUUGAUAGACACUUACCAGGCUCUGUCAUUUACAGGCGUCAGAAGAAGCCACAGGAGGGGCCAGUUAUAUAUUUGUUUUGCAUUUCAAUAUGGGUGGGAUGUGUUGGGGGUGAAUACAUCAUUUUCAGAGUUGGGUGGUAAAGUGACUCCUGCCUCCCAAACAAGCUUCUGACGCCUAAGUAAUUUACAUCUAUGGCCGAGCUUAUUGGGAUGCUGGCUGUGUUAUCGGUUUUGUAUUCAGGAGGUUGCAAUUGUUACGCCUAACAAAUUGUUAAAAUGAAUGUGAUCGACUGGGUAGGAAGGAAACAAGUCAAAUUGUUCGCGAGCGCUCUCCCUUCUAUGUUAUACGCCACGGAAUCAGUUUGUAUUUCUGUAUUUCAGGUCCAAACAAACUACACAUCUAACUCAUUAACCGCUAUUAACUCGAGAUACGUCUUAUGUAGCUGGUGUGUGUGUGCGCGCGCGUGCGUGUGCAUACGUACGUGAGUAUAAUAUGUGUGAAUGUGUUUUUGUGCGUGUGCAGAAUAGCAUGCCUGAGCAUUAACUGGAUAUGAUAUAAACACGGAUAUAAAAUCAAAUAUAUCAGUACACCUAUAGAGGCUAAUUUCAAGCCUCGCCCUGCGAGAUUGUUUUGGUUUAUAUUUAUCAUAGUUAAAAUAUGAAUUAACCCCAGAUUCAGUGAUAAAAUUUCAUUUCAUUUAAACUUAUUUUCGUGCUUAUGCCCAAUUAAGGUUCAAGCACGCUGUCCUGGCCGGUUGGUGAUACAAUUUAUAUCACCUGGUGCAAGGCAAUUGUGCUAGCAUGCCAAAGGCAGGUACGGAAUGGUGAGUUAUCUCCCUUUAAACAUUGGCGUACAUUGUGACUAUAUUGAUUUUUUAUUAUUAUUUAUUUACUUUUAGAAUUUGUAUUGCAUUGUUGCAUCGGUCAAACAUAUUCCCUACAUUACGUUAAUUGCUACAUUUUGCGGGGGGUGGGGGGGGGGGGUAUGAAUAUCUAUAAGAACUUCCAAAUAGUUUUACUAGAAAUAAACACAAUGUUCUUCUAGCUCUUAAGGCCCCAGAUAAUGGAAUAAUUUCACCGACAUAAAGACCUAUUAAAACUGCAUCUCGAAUAUAUUUAACGAUUUAUAAUAGCUACAUGCACUGUUCGAAAUAAGAUAACUUGAACUUGUUAAUAACUCGAAUCAUAUUUAACAUUAUGUAUAUAAUAUUUCAAUAAUCUUACUUGACGUCUGUAUAAAAUAAGCGAAUAUAAUAUUCUGAAAUAACAUCUUAUACGCAUCGACAGAAUCACAGAUCGGAUGUGUGUGUGCGGGGGGUGGGGGGUAUACGCUAUCAUUCGUGGAGCAGGGCCUGUUCCAGUUAUUUUCGAUCGUCGGCUGCAGACAUGUCACAGUUCAUCGUUAAGAUGUUCGAGCAAGAUCCCGAGCAAAGGAAGGCCAAUUCACAAGAAAUACCAAUGUCGUGGAUUGGCCUUCCCUUUGUCCGGAUGCUGCUCCAGGGCACGUGCUUAUAAAACUGAAUAUUUAAUGAAGUCAUACGCAAACAGUUUGCUUAUAAAAUUUUCAUAAGCACGAGACCAGUACCUUGGGAUGAGACACAAGAAACCAGUCUCUCUCUCUCUCUCUCUCUCUCUCUCUCUCUCUCUCUCUCUCUCUCUCUCUCUCUCUCUCUCUGUGUCUUUGUCUGUCUCUCUGUGUCUGUGUUUGUCUU